AUGAAUGAUUUCGUAGUGGUUGAAGAUGAGCAAAUCGAUUGGAACCUUCUAAUUGACAACAUACCAGAUGAUCUGAAUUUUGAAUUCUUGGAUGAGCCCGUGAGGGAAUUGUCGAAUCCCUUGAACCCUUCACCGGAUUCGGAUUCAUUGUCGAUCGAGGACAUAGAGCAGCUGCUCAUGAACGAUGACUCCAAUGUAGCCCUGCACGAUCACGAACAGGUUUCUGCGGAUGGCUUUCUUACGGACGUACUUCUAGAUUCUCCUGCGGCUUCCGAUCUGUCUGAUGAAUUGAUUGAUGGUCCCGAAAAGGAUUCUUCUAGCCCAUUGUCUUCGGAAGAGGAUAAGGAUAAGGAGACCCAUGAUAGCCAGGCGGAAGCUCUAGAGAAGCAGAACGACGAUGUCCAUGUUGUGGAUGAUGAUGAUCCUGGUGCCAAAAAACGCAAAAGGUACUUCAGAUGA